GCGCCGCACCGUACCGCGCCGCACCGCAUCGCGGCGCCCUGCGGCGAGGGCGGGCGGCGGCGCCUCGCCCCCAUCCCGCAGCCGGGAGGCUCCGGGGGAGGCGGCGGCGGCGGCGGCGCUGACGCAGCAGCGUGGAGCCGGCGGCUCGGGCGCCCCGCGCCGGGGGGCUCCCGCCGCCCGAUCCCGCCCCGGCCGGGGCCUGCGGCCGCCGCGGGCCGCGGCGCGCAGGGAGCGGCGCGGGAGCGCGCCCCGGAUUGGACAUUGAUCCUAUGACGCAUGCCCGGAAGAAACAACUUUUCCUUCUGAAACAUCCAGCUAGGUCUGCUGGCCAAGCUUUGUCACCAACGGGCCGCAGAAGGAUGGAUAGGACCGAGGCAGAGUGUGGCGAGCAAAGAGACAGAGAAGCCACUGAGGCUCCAAGCUGUCCGGGUGGGUUUGUGGGGACGAGCAAAGGCAAGAAUUUGCAGGAAGUUCGGAAGACGUACCCGCUGCGGAGACGGCUGCUCCCUUCGGUGAACAAAAAAACCUGCAAAGUGCUCCUCACCAGGCUGGAGGAUGUUGCUGGAUCUCUGUCGAAGGAGAGCCAGAGCUGUAGAAAAAAGGACCUUCCCAGUUGGAUGGAGGGUUUUGGACCUGCUUUUUUCUCGGAACAAGUUCAGUCUGUGGGAGCAGGGAAGAGCGAUUCCUCUGGGGAAAAGUGCACAAUAACUUAUCCAGGGACAGAGCAAGAACUUGAUGCUGCUCCUUCAGAGCCCAGGAAGCGAAGGCUAGCCUCGCUGAAUGCAGAGGCAGUGAACAAUCUGCUUUUUGAACGAGAUGAUGGUUUAUUAUCUGGCAGGCGUUUUCGGAGGGACUCUGUCAAAGGCGGCGGAGACUGUACCAUUAAGAGCUUGCAUUGUAAAGCUGGUGACAACUGGCCUGCUUUGGAAAAAAAUACUGUGAAAACAGGUAAAGGGAAGAACCGGAAUGAGCCCCGUCAGAAAUGCAAUAGCUGUGACCAUGCACUGGAUGAGGUCUUUGAUGAUGGGACGAAGAAGGACGAUGGUGCCAUCUCCUAUCAUCCCACCCCAAAGAGACUGGCCAGUCUGAACGCUGUGGCGUUUCUGAAGCUGACCCAUGAGAAAGACCAACCCCUGAAGCAGAGGAGUAAAUCAGAUGGUGAGGGCAAAUCAGAGAACCACUGUUCAAAAUCCACGCUCAAAUGGGCCAAAGCCAAUAGGAAGAAUUGUGUCAAACCCAAAAAGGAAAUGUCUAGUUUAAAAAUGGAAGGUCAACAUGGCUGGCGAGGACUUGCUCUAGGUGCUUUUGGGAAAGCAGACCAGCGGGACUCCUCUAGGCUCUACGGGACGACAGAACCCGUCCCGUACGAAUCGCUGUCCAACUCCUACGCUAGCACAGAAGGUUUCUACCACAGACUGCCUUUGCUUAUGGGUGGACAAGCUUCCAUGAAGCCAGAGUAUGGAAGACCCGGAGAGAAAUCCCCGACUCCCAAACAGGAAUUUCAUCAACCUUCCUUCCCAGCGCAGCAGUUCCCUCCCUUGCCUGUGCCGGGAAAUCACACGGAUUGUGGAUGUCUCUAUGAGUCCUCUGAUCUGACUCCAUUGAACGGGUUUUACGUUUAUUAUGGCCAAAGUGGAUACAGUGGCUACUCUCACUGCUCGGUUUACCCCAAGGACGAGCUUUCACAAUCUGCUACCUGUGAGGGGCUCUUGGUAUCUCCUGGUUCCUUGCCAUCAGGUGCUCAUUUUCAGCCACUUCACUGGUGUAGCUCUCCAUACUGUUGUGGAGAAGGAACGGCUAUUAACAGUUACAGUGUCUGUGGAGUCGUGCAUGUGCCGGAGGGCAGGAUUAGCAGCGUGCACGCAGGACGGAACAGCUACCCCUACAAAAUGCCUUUUGCAGCAGAAGGCUGCAAGUCUCUGGACCAGCUGAACCUCACAAUCCCCGUGGCAGGGCACCCUGCGUCACCUGCCCACCCGCUCUCAGGAUGUCCUGUACCCAGCGUGCCACCGGCUGCAGAACCAGUUCCUCAUCUGCAGACCCCCAACUCUGACCCCCAGACCAUGGCCCGAGAAUGUCCGCAGAGCUCAAAGCCCCCCAGCGGCUCCAAAUCCGGCCUCCGAAAUACUACGGGCUGUCUCCACGCCGCUGACAGUAAAGCGGCAGGAGGCCAUUCCCAUCCAAAGCAGCAGCGCAUUAGCAGGCGGAGAGCUACCAAUGGCUGGAUACCCGUCGGCACAGCCUGCGAGAAGGCUGUCUACGUUGUGAAUGAGCCCGAGCCAGCUGUCCGCAAGAGCUAUCAGGCUGUGGAGAGAGAUGGGGAAAUUAUCCGGGUACGAGAUACAGUCCUCUUGAAAUCAGGACCCCGGAAGAAAUCUAUGCCAUAUGUUGCGAAGAUAUCGGCAUUGUGGGAAGACCCCAAAACAGGGGAGCUGAUGAUGAGCCUCCUGUGGUAUUACAGACCGGAGCACACUCAGGGAGGCCGCAAUCCCAGUAUGCACCAGAAUGAGAUCUUUGCGUCCCGGCAUCAGGAUGAAAACAGUGUUGCCUGCAUAGAGGAGAAGUGCUACGUGCUGACCUUUGCAGAGUACUGCAGAUUUUGUGCCUUGGCAAAGCGUCGAGUCGAAGGGAUCCCAGGCAGGAAAACCAUUAUGGUUCCUCCCUCGGAGGAGUACUCCACACCUCUGCACCGCAAGGUGCCCGAGGACACUGACCCUGAGCUGGUUUUCCUCUGUCGUCACGUCUACGACUUCAGACACGGGCGCAUCUUGAAGAACCCACAGUAGCACAACUCUUCAGCCGCACCACAGUGAGGAUGAGCGGCACCGGAGAGCCGAUGGCAGGGUGACGGUCUGGGACAUCUGUGCGCUCUCAACAGCUUGUGCUGCUUGCCAGCGGGUGGGCCCAGCGCUCUUUCCUCGGACUGAAAAGCGUGUGCAGGAGCAGAUCCCUGUGGAGGAAGGCAGCAGUUCAAAGCACAGCACUUCAUUAAAAGCAUAAAUGAAAAUAUAUACGUAUAAAAUAAAUAUAUGUAUAUAGAUAUAGGUACUUGCAUAUGUAAAUCUAUAUCUAUAUAUGUAUCUAGAGAUGCAUAUAUUGGGAGGGGUUUGCAGGGGAUAAAAGCCAGUAACCUGAAUCCAGAGCCAUCGUCAGUGGGAAAGGUCAGAAGGUGCAGGAGGGAUGCUUUGGUGCAUGGUAUGAGUCAAGCUGUGACAGUUCUGUGGUUUUCAUGUCCUGAUGUGAAGUGUGAGGACUGAGAUCAGUUCCUUGGUGCAGAGCACAGGAUAGUCAUCUUUGCCCAGCAGAAAAGACAGAGGAUUCUUGGUGAGUGAGAGCUCCUCUAAAAUACACCAGUUCCCUUUGAAGCUACCUGGAUGUGGAGUGGCCUCCUGUUAUGCUUGAGUAGGUUUUGCUCCGUCGGGGGGAAGAAGUGGCCCCUUUUUCUCCUAGUGUUUCUCUUCCCCUCAGCUUCUUCGCAACUUUUCUGUGAUUCACCACCCUGGACUGGGGCUUUGCAGCCAGCCCUGGAGAUCUCCUCCAGCUCAAAGGCAGGCAGAGAGUCAACACGAUCGUAAGCUUUACCUCGCAGCACAGUGUUACGGAGAGCUGUGCGGCUGCUGCAGAUGCCCUAACCUAGCCCCAAAGGAUCUCUUGCCCCAGCAGGCAUGCCUCAUUGUAAAGCUGGGGGUCCCCAAGGUGGGCUCCCUGCGGGAAAACCAGGCUUCGUCUUCCCUUCCAAGUGUUGCUCUUUCUCCAGCAGUUGUUAGAGGGCAUAGUGGUGGAAGUGGGUUUUAUUCUCUCUUCUCAGUUCACUUUUUGUUUACAGCCCCUGUUGCCCCUCGGUGUCUUCAGUGUUUGAGAAAGCUAGAGGCAGGGGGAGAAAUGGCAAACACUGCUCUUCUGGAGACUUGUAAACUGCCCCGAGGUGACUGUCCUGGCCCUGGGCGUACUGCUGAAGCCAUCAGCAGUGCUGUCUCAGCGCUGCCUUGCAGCCUCCCCGCCCCAAACUCAUCCUGGCAUCCGAGCAAGCUCACCAAAGUGGCUUUGUGGCUCCUGAAAGGAACUGACCAGGGAGAGGUUUGCAUUGACAAAUGCUACCUGAUUCCUACGGAUUUGUGCCUCUUGCCUUAUGUCUAUAGAUCCUAGAUAGACUGUAGUUUAUCUUAACGCAAACUGUUCAAGUUAAUUCUAAAGCAAACCAAAGGACAGCCUAACAGAGUCCACUGGAUCAGUCACACAAAGCUGGGGAUCCGGUUGUAGAUUGCACUAAUUCAAAGAACGUGAAUCAGCACUGUAUCGGUCCUCAUAUCUGCUGACUGCUGGCUGGAGUCACUCGUUUAAACUAGGGAUCUGCAUUUUCAGUUUUGGGGGGGGAGGGGGGGGGUUCUGAACUAGCGUUAAAUGAUAGAAGUGUUCAUACUGCUUUAACGUUGUCCUGUCAGUGGAAGUGGCACUACCUAUACUCACCACGGAGACUGGCGCGUCGGGAAUGGAGGGCUUGUCGGCUUGCUCUGAUACCUACCUGGCCUGGAGAGAACCCCACAACAUCAAACCCAUUAAAUGGAAAUUGUGUAACCUGUGUUGGUUAACACAGGAGCUCUCCAGCGUUUUGCUCUACAUACCAAAGAGGGGAACAUGUCUAGAAGAAGAAAACUUGAGAUGAAAAGAUCUGAUGCCCACCACAGUAGGACAGCAGGGCACGCGUCUCCCUGCCUCAGUGGACAAUUCCUGCUCAGUGUUGCAGAGGAUGAUGGAAAAGCCUGUUGUUCUUGCCUGUGUGGCCCCGGGGAAAACACCCAGCUGUAGGAGGUGUGAUCCUAGGUACGUGAGCAAGAAUCCAUGGGUGAAACAUCUAAUCUCAUUUAUACCUCAAGAUACUGUUAGUGUCGAAGUAAUUGCUCAGAUUUCUCCAUAACAGUUAGCUUGGACGCUGGUGGUCUCUUGGAGCGAUGUGGUCAGGCCGCAGCUGCAACAGCGCAGUAUCGGCACAGAGCCAGGAUUGCUUUAGAGACUCUGGCUCAGCCGGGUGGAAGUGCCGGAGGGUGGGACGAGGAGGUGCCGGAGAAAGCGGCCGCUGAUGCUGAUGGGCAAGGAUAUCUUCAACGGCUCUUCCCCUUAGCAGUGAGGGAGGAUGCUGGAGAAGCGGAGCCGCUCCUGCCCUUGCAGCCCAUCGCGCGGGGUGCUUGUGGCCCAGCUCAGCCAGGGGGAUGUGGUUCACCGUGACGGCGUGAAAGGUCAGGGGACCCCCUCAGUGCACAUGCUUGACUCGUUAGGGCCUCCUUUGGUAUCUGGCCUGGAGCAGGCAAGCUGCUUGCAGCUACCUUCCUCUAGCAAAGGUGCCACCAGACACACCGUGUUUCAAGACUACCUGCCAGUCCAACCCCGAGCAUUGCUGCAUAGUCAGGGAAGGGUUUGAAGCCCUGCCUUGGAAACCACAGUAACUUGCUGAAAUUCCUUCUCGUGACCCCUCUCCCUGCCAGCUUCCACCUUUGUCCUGACUCCUCUCCAGGUAGAAGAGAAACUGUCCUUGCCCCAGGUCUGGAACAGGCUUUGGCCCGUGUCUGGAGAGGCCAAAUCCAGACUUCUCUGGCGUGAGAAUCUGCUUCAGGCCACAAACGUUGUUCAAGAUUCACAUGGUUGCUUAUGCUGUUGGGCAGCCAGCAUGUAAAUGAAUCGAAAUGUCUUAUCCAUAAUGAAAAUAUUUCAUGCUUUUUUAAUCUAUUAGAUAUGGAAAUAUUUUUUGAAACUGAAAAUGCAGUCAGUAGAAUUUAAAUUGAAACGUAAUACAUGUAAAAUAUAUUUUAGUUGAUAAUUUUGUAAAAUGCACUUUUUUUGUGUCUCUUCCCUGGUUUCCCAGAUCUGUAUUUCAGUGUUUACAGAUGGAAUGAGAACAUUCCCUAUACCCCCCCCCUUCUGUGAGAAAGAUAUAUUAGAAGUAAUUCUUAAAAAAAAAAAAUAAAUUUGAAAAACCGUA